AUGGCUUCCCCCACCGCCGAGCCAAUGCAGAACGGCAUCUCCACACCACCGGCCACAACCACGGCGCCGCAACCAAGCCCGCCCUCGCAAUCAACCCAACAACCCACUACCCAACCCCCAGCCUCACAACUCACAAAUGGCACCUCGACCGCCACCGCAACAACGACAGCAGCAGCAGCAGCAGCAGCAGCAAGCACAAAAACACCAACGACGACCAACAUGAAUCCCCCUUUUCCCUCAACCUCGCUCCUCGACCCCGGCACCUCCAAACGGCCCCGCGACGCCCGCCUCAUCCACCUCAUCCUCGCCAACAUGGGCGUAACGGCCUACACCGAACGCGUGCCCCUCCAACUCCUCGAUUUCGCAUACCGCUACACCUCCUCCAUCCUCACAGACGCUAUUUCCUAUGAGCCUCCAACCGCCCUCGCACAACGACGAUGA